GUAACACAGGAAUGUUGUGUGGAAGUGGGUGGGGACAGAAGCUUGAUUUUUGGAAAUUAAACUGUAAGUCAACACGAGAAAUUGUCUGUUUCAAUCAGAGUAGCUACAAAUAUAUCGCCGACAGUAUGGCCGCACUGCGCAAUAAAUCUGACCAAGAAAUCAAGGAGCUGCUGGAUGAGUAUGGAAUUAAGCAUGGUCCUGUCGUUGACACUACAAGACCACUGUAUGAGAAGAAGCUGACAGAAGCCAUGGUCAAAGCCAAGGUCACUGUGACAAAACCAUCCCCAGACAGAACCUUCUACAGAGAGGACCAGGAAGAAGUCACCUAUGUCACCUACCAGACACCAGUUAGAAGUGAGGGUCCUUCUGGAGAUGGGAAACCCUACAUGAGGUCAAGACCAGAGUACAGCGAGAGGGUGGAUGAUAAACCCUAUUCAAGACCAGAGUACAGCGAGAGGCACCGGGUGGAUGAUAAACUCUAUUCGAGAUCAAGACCAGAGUACAGCAGUGGAAGACCGUACAUUGAUGAACCUGUUUUCAGGCCCCAUGUCUACAACACACCGUCGUCAUCAUCCUACUCCAAACCAACGCCUGUGGUGAAGUCUGGAGGUGGCGUUGUGAAGAAGGAAAACACAACGAGUUCUGGGAGACUGAUCCCUCUCUGGGUCCAGUUCCUGGUCUUCCUGGUCCUAGCCGGGUUGCUCUACUUCAUAUUCACUAACAUGGAGUCUGCAGAGAGUAGCCCCUUUAACAGAAUCCAAUGAUCAAAACAUUUACAAAUAAAUGUCAAUCUGGGAUAUGUUCUUUUAGGCACGAAACGGUCCAAAAAUGGGGAAGUACUAUUUGUUCUUGAGCUAUAAGAAUCACUCGUUUUCUGAUGGACAAUGUUUAUUUUUUAAAUGUUUCAUUACGUGUGUCCGAAUGAAUAUGACCCAGUUAUAUAUAAUGACACUUCCUAUGUCUGUUUUUUUUUUUAUCUUUUAACUCUUUUUGCAUGUUCUUUAAGGUGACUGGGUUCUGGGAACUUUACUAUUGGUGAAAGGAAAGCUGUAACAUUUCCUCCUGUCUCAACUCCUAUGUAAUGACUAGACGGUGAUGUAAUAGUGUUUUGUUUAUCAGAACUACCUUGGGGUGCUUCUACUGUGGGGUAACAGUACUGUCUUCAUCUUCACAAAUGUAGAGAGCCCGCGGCCCACCAGUAAAUGUAGAGAGCCCGCGGCCCACCAGUAAAUGUAGAGAGCCCGCGGCCCACCAGUAAAUGUAGAGAGCCCGCGGCCCACCAGUAAAUGUAGAGAGCCCGCGGCCCACCAGUAAAUGUAGAG